AUGGACGCUGGCAAACAGGAGGGUUUCAUCGAACGAAUCCUGUUCUUGCACGAGAUUUUGAACCGUCGCGGAAGCAAGGUUGUUUCUAGGCUCUCCAUGCAAGAUUGGGCUGCUGAAUGUGAUCGCAUUUGCCUCUUGCAUACCAUCUACGCUGGUAUGAAGAAUGCCGUGGACGCCGACGGGAACAAGCUUUUCAACGAGGAGCUCGUGACAUCUAUUGGGGAACGCUGCGUGGAAGGGGACUUCAACGCGGAGAUGGAUGGGUACCUGGCAGUACUGGAUGACGGUUUCAGAAUUGAGGAGACAAACCUUUGGUUGGAGAAUGUACCCAAGCCCAAGGAAACAGUGUCGACCAAGGUGGCUGCAACGGAUGCAACAGUGGACAAUUUGACUCUCAACGCCCGCAAAGCACAGUUCGAUGCAGACUGCCUUUCUCUAGCUAGAGAUGCAGCGCAGUUGGGUCAGCUCAUGAAGGCGGUCUCCUCUUCGGAACAGGCAGCUCGCACUGAGAAGGUGAUGCAUUUGCGUCACCAGAACAGCAUAGGGGCUGGCAUAGUUGCUGAACACAUGGCAUCACAUGUGGCAGUUCACAGCGGCAACAUCAAAGACCAAGUAGCGCUCAUUGACAGGUUCUUGACACGAUUUCCUGACAAUCCCGUCGUCAUGAUCCUAGACUUGAUGAAGUGUGGGCGCUGCUCCAACGCAGAGCUCAACGAGUACACAGAGCUGGCCACGCGCCAAGAGGUCGCUUGGCAGCCCGAGGGGAGCUACAAAGUGCCUGUUGCAGAGAAAGACGCGCUCCCGCAUGCGUCUUUGUCAGAGGUACAAGAGAGCGCCCAAUUUUUGGUGCAAGAUGCCAUGGCAAAAGCUAUCAUGGAAAGUCUUCUCGCCAAAGCCGACUUGCCACAUGAGACCAUCGCUUUGAUCAAUCUUACUCCCUACGACGGGAUGUUGGAGCGGGCUACACGUUCAUGGCAAGAGUCCAACCCAGGCACCAACAUCAACUUCAGGUCUUUAAGCAUGACAAAGAACUUGAGCACUGCACAGUUCGUGGAGAAGACAGUAGCACUAGAGUUGCUUGAGGAAUGGAAGUCUGGACAUGCUCGUUUCAAAGACGUCCGUGCAUACGAGCCAAAGCCACCAGCACAAGCGCCCAACAGCAAGUUGGAGCUGUCAUCCUACCCAUUGCGGCUUGCAAAGGUGGAGUAUGAUGCCACGCCAGGCAAGCGUGGCUGGGAACGUUACAAGGUAUCACUCCCAGCUUCCAUUCGAGCCAGGCAUGUGGAGGACGUUGUCCACGGAGCUGACUGGAAACAACUCCUGGAACAAUUUGACUCAAGGUUUAAUGACUCAAGUUUGUUCCACUUGAGUGCGAAGUCUUUGGAGGUUGCACCUGCGGAGCCGGUCGAGCAAGAGGUCUUGGAACCAUGGGACGAGCCUCUCACGAUGGAGGACCUCCUUGACAAAUACAUUUUGGAAAGCAAGAUGAGCGGUCGCGUGGCAAAUACGACCCUGGUAUUGACGAGGGCGAAGCAGCGCGAUGGAACAGUGAGCCAAAUUGUUGAUGGUCAACAAUUCAAGCUGUUUCUAGAGACUUGGCUUACUGUUGGUCUGGAUCGAAUUUCCAACCCGUCCAACUUUCGCGCGUGUCAAUGGGAACAGGUAUAUGUCUUUCGCCCUUUAGCAUUUUGGCCCAGGUCUCCUUCUCUGAUGUCACCUUGGGGACUGGUGAGUUUCAAAUUGCCCACGGUUCGAGCCGAUUUAUGA